AUGUAUCCGUUAUCAAGCUGGGGCUGUCAUGCUCUCUUAGCUCUAAUCGGAUUGCGCCUCUUUUGGUUACUUGCUUUUCGAAUAUUCGGACUUUACUUGGGCUAUAUCUCCAUCAACAAUGGUAUUCUGUUCAACGAAGUGUACUGGUACACAAAACAUAGGAAGAUAUCAGCUUCAAGCGUACGGUUCCGGCUUUGGGGAAAUUCCAAGAAGAUUAUCAUUGCUGAUUUGAAAGUACAACUAUACUCUCAACCAAAAGGGAAACCACGACAACCCAAGCGCUUUAUUUCAAGUGAGCCGUGCACUAUAUACCCCGAAAACAAACUUGCUGUUUACUUAUACAGAUUUGUACUCCGGCUCCUUCCUUCCGCUAAUAUUGAUAUCAAAAGGGGACAACUUGAAACAAAGAAUGAAAACAUUUCGUUUGCCCAACUACAGUUCGUUUUCAUCAAGCACAGAAGCGCACAUGAGCCAAACGUGUAUCGUUUCGAUGCGAUGAGCAGCAUCUAUCAAGCUUCUGGUAAGCUCCAUUCCUCUGGGUCCUCCAUCCCAAUGCUGCUGGGUUGUUGUGGACUUAAGGCAUCAUGCUCUAUAAGUGCAACUACAGGUAAGGUUUCCCAUUUUACGGCUCAUAUUCAAGUAGACGACUCCGAGAUAGAUGUCCUUCAUGCUAUCAAAGGGAGCAUAUUCCGUGCAAAUAAGGCGACGGACGCGAACGAAUCAUCCACGAACAGCGCCAAAGAUAGGCAAGUUAUCGAGUCUGAGCUGAAGACACAUACAACCCUUGAAGGGCAUCUUGAAACGUUCUCCUCAAUACAUAAGAAAUAUUUUGGGGCUUUUCAGGAGUGUUCCAUAAGCAUAAGGAACACCCAUUUCAAGGGUUUUCCAUUAUUUCCAGCUAAUGAUACUCAGGAUUUAACCGAUUACUUGAGUAAAGAUGACGUGGAUAUUUCCGUGUCAGUAUCUGUAUCAACAAUCGCUUUCAAUAUUGCCCGCAUCACGAGUAAAUCGGCUGGGUAUGACGUGUUGUUCGAUGCUACUACUGAUAAACCGUUAGAAGUGAACACUUCUGUACUGAUCCUCAAAGCUUUCUUUGUCUCAAAGCAUUAUGACAAUAGCGGUGAAAAAGCUUACUAUAAGAAGGACGAAAUACUAGAUAUACCGAACUACAGUCUAGCUCUUAAAACGAAUAUUACAGACAGAUUUGCGAACGGAUAUGGAUUUGAGAAAGCUGUUCUGGAAUUGAUUUUUUCCUGUGGUAGUCCUGUUAUUGAUGUUACGGCAGAUCAAUUCGCUCUUUUGACUUACAAUUAUGUCGUAGCAAAGAAAUUAUUUACGCUCGGUCAUUUGAAAAAGCAAAAUGCUGCCCUGAGGUUUGAUACAUUCAAGAAUACUGAAUCAGAUAGUGAGCUUGAUGGAGAUACUCAAGUUGCAGCUUCCGAACCCAGCACCCCACAGGUGGUCAAGUCAAAGUUUACCGAUUCUCCUCAACUCAAAGAACUCAAAGUAGAUCUAUCUCCGUCAAGUUUCGAAUCCUUUGAAACGCUGAAACCUAGAGACGAGUUUACUUUAAGGAAAUCUGAGAUAGUGUUUAACUCACCUUUCAAUAAGAUUAUGGCACUUAUCAACGAGUUCUACCCUAGAUUGGAUGUUAAGUUUACCAUGGAGCAACCGCGAGUUAUGAUACGAAGUUUGAAUGCGGAUAAGAGCACUACAAAGAUGCUCAUGAUUUCUUAUUCGAUGAUCGUUUUGCAUAUCGCCACUACUUUGGACAAUACUUAUGUUGCGACAUGCAAUCUUUUGCACCCUUGCAUCACGUUCAGUGAGAGAUUUGGAUGUCACCAGCAUGUAGAGGACUUCUGUGGCUUGUCAGACCUCACGAUCAACUGUAAUAUUCUGAGGGAUUUCAAAGUAACUACUUCGUUGAAUAUUCAAGGAGUCUAUAUGAAUUUGACUAAACCAGAUGUUUUGAAUGGUAUUAGUCACAUUAUUGAGGAAACAACAAGAAUAGUCAAUCAAAACUUGACAUCAGGAUUGAUCAACAAACGCUUCGAUGCUGAGAUUGUCCAAGAGCUAGACUUGGGAACAAAAGGUCAACGAAGGACUCAGACACCACACAAAGAUGACUCUUUAGAUAUUAUCUUCAGUGAUUGUCCUAUGUGGUUUGUCUCUGCUACUUUAAAAGUUACAGAUGUCGAUCUUCGACUCGGAUCAAUUUCUCCAUUGCUUCCCCCGGAACUUAUAUCCAAACUUUCACAGGAAUCUCAGUUUAACGAAAAAUUUGUUGGUACAAACAGUAUCUUGAAUCUCAGUAUAGAUGAGAUUAUCUUCGCUCUACGAAGUGUCCCGGAGGUAUCAGGUAGCGACUCUAUGUUGGCGGUCUCAUCGCUGGAAACCUUAUCGAAUGAUGUAAAUGACCACAUCUUCUGGCAGAUAGAGAGUACCAUCCGGAAUAAUAAGAUUUGUUUGUUAGAAAAUCAGAAAAGACAACAACCAAUCAUGUAUCUUCCUCAGUUAUCGGUUCUCAUUCAAUCAGCAAUUAAAGGACAACAGAAAGUUGUUGAUUCGUCAGUUGAGGUAGACGAAGUGUUAGGUCAUAUUGAUAGGCAUAGCAUAUUCGUCAUCAUUGGACUGGUUUACCUUGUCCAUCAGACCAUUGUGACACCAAUUAAUCAACUUUGCAAUAAAUUGAGAAGAAAUAUGGAAAGUUUGCAUCGGAAUGAUUCGAAGACUAAGAGGCUCUUUAUUUCAGAGUUCCUUUCUUUCAAGGUUUCUUUACCCAAAUUCAACUAUGUUUUCUCUCUAUCUGACGAAUUCAAGUUAUAUUUACAACUUUUCCAACUCAACAUUGGGGGUCAAGACAGUGGGAUUACAUUAUCAUCUAACUUUUUCCGCUUGUUGGUUAAUUCCACUGAAGUGAAGGGUCACUGGAACAGGUUACUUUGUGCUGACUAUCUACAGUUCAAAGUAAAUGAUUUAAUGGGUAUUCCUUCUUUCCUUUUUGAUGCAAACUCCAUCCGAAUAAUCCAGCCACACCAGUUUGCGGUCUACAGGUUAUUUGAUAACUUGGCCGUCUUUACAAAAGUUAUUAAGCACUUACUUAAGUCCAUGAAAUUAGAGGAAAAGUCCCAAAUUGUUUCCCCUAAAGAAUCACCUCCUUUAAACAUCCCUGUUAUUAACAUUAAGGCAAAGCAAAUCUUCUUUUCUAUUGAAGAUGAUCCUUUUGAGGCCGAGUUAGGAAUGAUUUAUCAGCUAGGGCUCCAAGAGCAAAAAAAACGGUUAGAAAUGAUGGAUGUACUUUACGGGAAGGCAAGAACACAGUAUACUUCUGAGGAAUCUUUGCUGCAAAAAAUCACAGAAAUACAGAAGAUUAUGGAGGGUCUGUGGAUAAGGAAAGUGAAAGCUUACAAAUCGCGGAUUGCUCAAGAAAUUAUUGACAAUCAGGAUUUUUUGUUUGGAGCGGAAGUUCACAUAAAGGAAGAUAAAUGUCACAAUAUUUUGCCUUAUCUGAGAACUGCUCCACUAUGUCACAUGAUAUUAUCUGGUGUCGAUUUGGAUCUUUCUAGUAUCAACUUUCCCUUUGAUGACAUUCCACGUUUUGUACAUGAUAAAGGGCAAGGAGUUCCUGGAGAUACCAAGUAUAAUCUUGUUAUACCAGCGUAUGUUGAUCUAUGUGUUCGUGAGUUGCGUAUACACGCAAGAGAUUAUCCGUUACCACUCCUAAAUCUCCCUGACUCUAUGGAUUCUAGAGGUAAGGGAAACUCCUUGAAAUUGAAGGGAAACUUGAUCAUCAAUGAAGCAUUAUCUCUUGAAGAAGAACAUAUUAGAAGGCUUGAAGUUCAGCUUACUAAAGCAUCGUCUGGUUCUCAACCAAACAGCUUUGAUAAAUUGAUUAUUAGAAAAUCGAUGUCCACUGUCAAAUUCUAUACUGACCUCGAUAUUAUGUUUGGCUCUAAAUCUCCAUCUCGCUUUGUGUGGGGACAGUCCUAUCUGUUCGUCAUACAACAAAUUAUGGCGAGCCUUGAUCAAUUCUCAAAGCCACCCGUGGAUCCCUCCCCCAAACUAGGAUUCUGGGAUAAAUUUCGGUAUAUUUUUCACGGAAAUUGUGCAGUGAAGACUUCUGGAGAUGCUUGCAUUGAGUUUGCCUUUAAAGGCGAUCGUGAUCCUUAUAAUCUCUUUGAGAAAGCCAGCGGCUUCGUACUCAGUUUCCGUGACCGCGUUAAAUGGAAUGUAAACAGCAACGAUGAUUCUUUACAAUUCUGCAAGGUAAAUUCCAAUAAGGUCCUUUGGUACAUUCCUAACUAUUUAUCUGCACCUUUGGUUUGUUGGAGUAGAGAAAGUCACAAGUCUACGUAUUUGCCAGAAUUGAACCAGUUGGUGACAUCAUGCUUCGGUUACUACCUUAAUCCUCAAAAGCGAAAUGGGAAAAUCAACGAAGAAAAAAGUGUACACAAUGUAUGUGCCAAGCGAGUUGUUGAGUUAAGUGGAGGUGUUGAUUUCACUUUGGGAUUUUUACUACAGAGACAUGCCUCCGAAAGUGGGACUAUUUCAAGCGAUGGUAAGCUUCAUUGGGAAAUUAAUCUCAAUAACCCUGCGUACGUGAAAGAGGGCCAUGACUCGUAUAAGGGAUUCAGGACGGAUCGAGUUCAUAUGGCUAUUACUUUAGUGGCCCACACUCAAUCAAGCUACAACACUAUUCAUUUAAGUCCUGGAGUGUUUCAACAAUUCUUCGCAUGGUGGUCCUUAUUCAAGAGUAACAUGAUGUUACAGGUUCGAAGAGGAAAAUUGUUUCCUAACUCCAAAAAAUCUACUAAGUUCUCUGAGCAUCUUUUCACGAAUAAGUUCUUGUUUCACAUUAGAGAUCUAUUCUUAAGUCACAUAUAUGAUGAUUCAGGGUAUGAUGUCGAUGAUAAAGUAAAGUUUAUUGGAAUGCGAGCGAAAGUUAGUGAAUUUCUAGUUGAUUUGCAUCAACGAAAAGAAGAACGAAUCGAUGCACAUAAAGAUCUAUCUCGCCACAAAAAGAUUAUGAAGAUGAAUUUCAAUCAAGCAGAAGUGGCAUUGUCGAAGAUUGAUUUACGCAUGAUGUGCACAGAAUACUUCAAGGACAUAUAUGAACAUAAUGACGACUUAGCGGAAACGGAAACACAGAAGUCAAAAUGCGAGUACACGAUAUUUGACAAGGAUUACCAAUGGUUUGAUGAUAAAGAUUACGUUGAGGCGUUUGCCCCAUUAAGUGGAAGAAAGAGAGAAAAAAUGGCUGCAUUCCCGUUCAUGUACUCCGAAAGGUUUGCCUUCAUUAGACAAACCAAGUCACCCGACAAUAUCGAUUGGGGUGCUGAACACACACAUGAUUGCAUGUUAGGGAGCACAGACGUGGAAGCAACUGGUUUAAAUAUGUUUGAAGCUAGGAUCUCAGAACUUCAAAAAUUAAAUGAGAGCUCUGACACUAGUUACGAGGAUAGUCAUCAAGUGAAGAGAGAAAUCGAAGCAUUGCAACAGAUGAAACUGAACUUAAAGAAGGAGAAGAGGUCUUUCCUAAAAUCAAGCACAAUAGAGUUUGAGCAGCAUCAAAAUGAGAAUUUUAACAACAAGUUCGUUCUCAUUUCUAUGUUACUUAAGUGGAAUGAGAGCGUACGCAAUUUAUUUUUGAGAUAUAUUUAUUUCGUGGAAUUUCGAUCUAACAUGCAAAAGUACCUCUCUUAUGAGUUCAUCACAAUGCUCGAAGGAUUAAUAGAUAGGAAAAACUCAAAUGACGCAAACCUGUCUCUUCUAUCUUCUGUUACAGACGGUGUUCCGAAUGUUGAAAAAUUGAGAUCUUUCUUGAACGAGUUUCUGACAUCACAGGACAGGAUAGUUAACUUCGAUAAAAUUAUUAGGAAGGUAAGCGAGGAUGAGACCUUCGAAGAAAGUUUCAAAAUUGAAGUUAUAAAUCCUCAAAUUCAGUUGCAUUCUGAGACAGUUGAUAAUUCUGUCGUUCUUGUGACAGCACCAGUAUUGGAGUCAAAAAUCCUCACAAUCAACUCAAAGAAAGAAGAUCUGCUAGUUACUUACAGCAAAGAACUAGAGACCAGAUUCGGUAUCCUUCUACACGAUGAAAGUGUUUUGGUAGUUGACAAACGUGCCGUUAAAGCACAGAAGGCACCAUGGGCCAUCAAGUCUUAUGGAUCAAAAAGUGCAUGGCCCCCUUUCUUGGGAAUUGAAAUAUGCAAAAAUAACUCUUUAGCACAAGACAACAUCGUUUUGGUAAGACGAAUGUCUAUGAUGUUGACAUAUGAUAAAGUCAAAGCUUCAAACUCAAAUAUCGAUCAGAUUGAAGUAGCAUCGGCUGGACUGGCGGAAGAUAUAUUUGCUGAGGGUAUGGACCGAUUACGAGUUGAUGUUCCAAAAUUAGAAAUCAACUGUACAUCGCUGCAAUAUUUUUCGCUCUAUGUGACUAUUUUGAGCUUAAUUUUAUAUUCGGAACCCAGGAGCGCUCGCAUGGCUGAAAAACUUCGACAACUAAAGUUUACGAUCGAUUUUCAAGAUUUCAGCGCACUUCAUGAUAGACUAGUGUCAUUACAUGCUUACCUUGAUGUUGUGAACACUAUAAUCAACAACUAUAGCUUCAGACAUUCUACACGAAUGAGUAAUGAAGAACUCAAUGAUUACAUCUUGUUGAGGAACGAAAAGACUGAAAAUUCUGCAGAGAUCUACUUAAUGUUGAAAACUUUAUUAACAGGAGACAUUUUUGCAGAUACUUCCGCUCAACCAAUUGAGGAUUGGAGGAUUGCUGCAGAUAGAAUAAUUUUGAAUAUUUUGACAGAUGAACGCAAGCCGAUUUUGAACUUAUCAAUCAACAAUGGACGAUACAAAAGAGUCACCAAAGAGGAUGGAUCUAAUCAUAACAGGGUCGAAAUAAAGAGCUUAGAAGGACGAAGCUUAGUCGAGGGAGCUUACUACGAUAAAUUUUUGGAGCCUAGCUAUCCUCCGGAUGGAAAUGAUCUAGUCGCAGUGGAAUGGUCUAUGAAACGACCAAUUGGAGGCAUCAAGAUUAUCAAUAAUUUUAACAUCAGUUCGCAACCGUUGAAUGUCAAACUAGACGAAAAAACUGGAAUGCAAUUGAUGAAUUUUAUUUUCCAUAUGGAGAAUUCCUCUGAUUAUAGCGAUAGUCCUGUGCUGAAAGCAAUUGAUAUCAUCCCCAAUAAUAAGGAACACGCUGGAGAAGGUUCCGGAGACAGUGAUGAGGAUAGUGACGAAGAGCGCAAGAAAGUUCGAUUUAGGGACGGGUCCUCGUCAAUGACAAAGAAAAAAACGCUUUCUUUUAUUUCUGGGUCGGAGACUAAUACAGAGGUUGGCCAUGAUGUGAAUGAAAUGAUUAGUCGUUCCAAAAAAUAUUUGUCAGUUGUGUCCUUUGUAUGUCAAUCCUUCGAAUUAACCAUAUCAUUGAAAAUGAAACAUGGCUUCAAGAGAUGGUUGAAUGUUAACCAGUUUACAUUGAUUCUUCCGGAAUGGCAAAUUGAGAGAACUGUGACAUCUAUGCUUGGUGUAGUCGACGUCUUCAAAAAGUUGGUGAUCAAGACUUUGCUUAGUUCCUCGGGUCUGCUUCUCGCUAACAAGAUGAGAAGCCGCUCAGCGAACGAUAGAAAAAGAUUGAAAAAGGGGAGAUAA